AUGCAGCCAGCGUGGGUCGCGUGCCUAGCUCUCCACGUCAUCGUCUUAUCUCUCCUACCCACCCUCCUCGUGCGUGCGGGCGACGUCCCCGGCGAGGCGGAGUCGUUGCCGGGAUGGAAGGGCGCCACCUACGUCCUACCGCCAGGACUUCGGGGGCGGGAGAGGGACGCGGCGAAUGAGAGCCCUGAGCUGCCGGAAGCCGGUCUCGCGCAGGGAGAUCAGCAACGGAGGCGGCGGACGGAAACUGAAACGCAACCGCAGGCAACUGAGCAGUUGGGUCAAGGUGACUCUGACGGGGGAGGAGACUCCAGCGGGCGCGCCAUUAUUCAGCUAUCGGCGGACGAGCCGCGCGCGUACCUUUUCAAGCGGUUCCUGACGGACGAAGAAUGCGACCACAUCAUCUCUCUCGCCGAGCCCUCGCUCGAAAGAUCGACGGUGAUCGCGGCGGCGAGCAGCGGCAGCGAGGUGAGCGACAUUCGCACGAGUUUCGGGACGUUCAUCGACAAGGGCGCGGACGACGUGAUUGCGCGCGUCGAACGGCGCAUCGAGGCGUGGACGCACCUGCCCGUGUCGCACCAGGAGGCGCUGCAGGUGCUGAGAUACAACGUGGGGCAGAAGUACGUGCCUCACCACGACUACUUCUCUGAUCCACCCGAGACGCUGCAGGGCGGGCAGCGGCUGGCCACCGUGCUCAUGUAUCUCAGCAACGUCACCCUUGGCGGGGAAACCGUCUUCUCCAAUGUCCCCGACCCCACUCCCAAAGACCACUCCUGGUCUGACUGCGCCAAGGGUUACCUGGCAGUCAAGCCCGUUAAAGGGGACGCGUUGUUGUUCUUUAGUAUGCACCCGGAUGGGACGCCGGAUGAGGCGAGUAUGCACUAUGCGUGCCCGGUGGUGGCUGGGGUGAAGUGGUCGGCACCCAAGUGGAUUCACGUGAGGGAGUUUGAUGUGCCUGGGGAGGAGGGGGAUCCCAAUGUGUGUGCGGAUACGAAUGGCAUGUGUGCAGAGUGGGCGGAGGCAGGGGAGUGUGAGAAAAACAGCAAGUAUAUGGUUGGGGGGAAGAGGUUUGUUGGGGCUUGCAGGAAGGCGUGUGGAGUGUGUACAGCUGACAGCACCAAUGGGACUGCUGGUGGUGGUGAGGCUGUGCAAAGAGCUGCCUUGUAG